AUGUUUGGGGGCAGCUCCAAGGAAGACAGCAGCAGCGGCCUGGUGGAGCGGCCGCUGUACCGUCCGCAGGAGAUGCAGCAGAUGGGUCCCUUCAAAGUGUCGCCCAUGGGCUUUGGCACCUGGAGCUGGGGGAACAAGCUGCUGUGGGGUUACGACGAGUCAAUGGAUACGGAGCUGCAGGAGGUGUUCAAUGUGCUGGUGGCCUCAGGCAUCAACCUGUUUGACACAGCAGACAGCUAUGGCACGGGGAAGCUCAACGGGCGUAGCGAGCAGCUUCUGGGCCGCUUCCUGAAAGAGUAUCCGGGGUCUCCGCAGGCAGCAGCCAACGUGCGGAUCGCCACCAAGCUGGCCGCCUAUCCCUGGCGCCUGGCUCCCUCCCAGUGGGUGGGCGCGUGCCGGGCCAGCCUGCGGCGGUGCGGCGUGGAGAAGCUGGCGUUGGCGCAGCUGCACUGGUCCACAGCCAAGUAUGCGCCGCUCCAGGAGCGGCUGAUGUGGGAUGGGCUGGUGGCCAUCUAUGAGGAGGGCCUGGUGGAUGCAGUGGGCCUGAGCAACUACGGCCCCAAGCAGCUGGCCAGGAUCGGGGCGUACCUUGACAAGCGGGGCGUGCCGCUGGCGGCGGUACAAGUGCAGUACUCGCUGCUCAGCCGCGGCCCGGAGCAGGCAUCUGUCAAGGCGGCAUGCGACGACCUGGGGGUGGCCCUCAUCGCCUAUUCGCCACUGGCCUUGGGCAUGCUGACUGGGAAAUACAGCGCGGAAGACCCCGGCAGCCUCCCGGGCGGGCCCCGCGGCCUGGUGUUCAGGCAAGCUGAGCGCGGCCCUCCGGUGCUGCCGGGGCUGCAGCCGCUGCUGGAGGUGAUGGGGGAGGUGGCGGCGCGGCGGCGCAAGACGCUGUCGCAGGUGGCAAUCAACUGGUGCAUGUGCCAGGGCACGGUGCCCAUCCCAGGCGCCAAGGACCUGCGGCAGGCGACGGAAAACCUGGGGGCGCUGGGGUGGCGGCUGAGCGACGGCGAGGUGCGGGCGCUGAGCGAGGCUGCAGACCGCGUGCCCAGGGUCAUGGUGCAAAACAUAUUUCAGACCAAGUAA